GCAACACUUUUUCGACUGCUAUACAGAUUGUUCUGUCGCCACGAGGGAAAAUGGCAACCAUUCGAUUAUCUGCGUUGGUCUUGUCGCGAAGGUUGAUGGUUCGUCCGCAAUGCUAUCGACGGUCGCAACCACUCACGAGCCUCUAUGCGCCUCCCGCUACUAAAGCCGGUAGCCGGGCCAGAUACUCAACUUCUACACAGGAGCAAGCUCCGCGGGCUCCGAAGAUUGAUCGUGCCGCUUCAAAGUUAUUCAAAGAUGCGGAUGCGGCCGUGGCAGAUCUGAAGAGCGGGUCAACCAUUCUUAGUUCAGGCUUCGGCCUAUGUGGUGUCGCAGAAACGUUGAUCUCUGCGAUACACCGCAGAGGGGCCGAAAACUUGCAUUCCUUGACGGCGGUUUCGAACAAUGCUGGUCUCGCUGGGAAGGGCGGGCUGUCUACCCUAACGCAAGCUGGACAGGUCAACAGACUCAUACUUUCCUACCUGGGAAACAACAAAGCUCUGGAGAAGAAAUACUUGACGGGAAAUAUUGCCAUCGAACUGUGUCCACAAGGCAGUCUGGCCGAGCGACUACGUGCUGGAGGAGCUGGGAUCCCCGCAUUUUAUACCCCCACAGGAGUUCAUACUCUGCUUCAGAAGGGAGAGAUCCCGGUGCGUGUGGACGAAUCCGGAAAGGUGCUCGAGCAUGGCAAGCCCCGCGAGACAAGGGAGUUCAAUGGCAAAACUUAUAUGAUGGAGACUGCACUCAAUGGGGAUGUGGCGAUUCUCAGAGCAUGGAAGGCAGAUGCUGCAGGAAAUUGUGUUUUCCGUUACACUACGAAGGCAUUCGGCCCCAUCAUGGCGAAGGCAGCAGCCCUUACCAUUGUGGAAGCCGAGAACAUUGUCCCCGUUGGCUCAAUCGACCCUAACGAUGUUGAUCUACCGGGAAUAUUUGUUGAUAGAAUCGUCCCCGCAACCGAUGAAAAGCAUAUCGAAAUCAAGAAAUUGCGAUCUGACAAGGGUGUUGAGGAGGCAAACAAGAAGGCAGAGGACGCUGCGACUGUCCUGCGGAACCGGAUCGCCAAGCGGGCUGCUCGGGAACUCAAGCAGGGAUACUAUGUUAACCUCGGUGUUGGUAUUCCUACACUGGCCCCCUCAUUUCUGCCCGAAGACGUAAAGGUUUGGAUCCAAUCCGAGAACGGUAUCCUGGGAAUGGGACCUUACCCGACCGAAGAGGAAGUUGAUGCGGAUAUCAUCAAUGCCGGCAAAGAGACCGUCACUCUGGUACCGGGCGCUUCCACAUUUGAUAGCAGUGAGUCGUUUGGAAUGAUCCGCGGCGGGCAUGUAGAUGUGUCGAUCUUGGGAGCUUUGCAGGUCGGUGCGAACGGCGACCUGGCGAACUACAUGAUUCCCGGCAAGGUGUUCAAGGGAAUGGGAGGAGCCAUGGACUUGAUCUCCAACCCCGAGAAGACCAAGAUUGUGGUUGCCACCAGCCACUCGGCAAAGGACGGAUCUCCGAAGAUUGUGGACCAGUGUAGCCUUCCUCUGACUGGCGCCAACUGUGUCAGCACUAUUAUCACUGAACUGUGCGUCUUCCAGGUCGACCGGGCCAAGGGCGAGCUUCUGUUGACGGAACUGGCCCCAGGCGUGGAGGUCGAGGAGAUUCAGAACAAGACUGGGGCGAAGUUCACGGUUGCGGAAAACCUGGAGAUCAUGGAGUAAAAUGAGUCGAGGCUGUAUAUACAUGUUAUGAACCGCUCCUUACCUGUAAAUCUACUUCUUUGGUUAUAUAUAUUGUCAAGGCAAAGGGGCAAGGGAUAUGGAUUUGAUCUGUCUGAUCUCCAGAGAUUGGGUUGCAUGGAUGGGAGAAGUAGUGGUCAGAGACCACGCAGGAAGAAGAGGAGGCAAAGGAUCAGCUGGCCCUGGCUGGAGUGAAAGUCUCAACAUUAUGCGGAGUAUCAUUCAUUACUCUUGCCCGGCCUUCUUCAUCUCAUUGAUCCAUACCGUGACCAGGAAACCAACCACACACAUGAUAG